AUGUCUUCAUCUCAACACGCCAACAACGCCCUCAACCUUGUCGCUGAGAAAAUCGACCGGCUUGUGAAGAGGUCAGAGAAGCUCAAGGCCAGUACCCCGGCUGCCAAGACAUUGGCACAUGAAAUUGCCGCAACUGCAUUCGCCCAGCAUGGCAAUGCUGCCACAUCAUUGGCCCCGCUGCUCUUGUCCUGUGCGGCUGAAAUACGGGACAAGAACGGCAUAAAUGGCAAGUUAAAGGCUUUGCCCGACUGGGGCACCAUCUCUGACGAGGACCCCCAGAUCCUCACCCACCCUCUAUUCCCCAAAUCUGUGGGGUACCGGCACCCCCAACCCCUGGCGCCCCCAGCCAUACUGGCUGAGCUUCCCGCCCCUCUACCUCCCGCGCCAUCGACUCCAACCCCCGUCCAGCCCGCCCUCGCACCAUCUCCCGUGCCACCCGUCACGAUUGUCCCGAAGGCCAAGCUCUUUGUGCCGGGCAACAGCAACAAUGGCAACAUUAAGGGCAACCGCAAGCACCGGGCAUCCACACCCGAGGCCAAUGUGGAUGCCAGCAAGGCCGUCGAACCUGCUGCAAAGAAAGCAAGGACCCAUUCGAAGAAGCACAAGGUGAGCAAGGCACCCCGGGCAAACAGCAGGGCACGCUCCACCAAGGUGAAGUCAAAGGAGUUCAUCACAGAUGAUGAACAUGAUGAAGUACUGGCCGACAAGGUCAUUUUUGUCAAGAGCAAAACCACUGCUGUUCCCAGCACUCAACCCGCCAUCCCAGUGGCAAAGUCCAAGGACACCCAGCCCGCAGAUUCAGCAUCCGAGGAUGAUGCAUUGGCCGAAGACGACCCUUCCGUGCAUCUCUUCAGCGUGCAGUGUGAGCGCUGCAUAAAGGACAACCCUCCCUGCGCAGUGAUCCUCAGCAAGAAGAAUGGCGAGAUCCGGAAGUGUUGUCGCUGCUGCGACGAGAAGAAGACAAAGUGCAUUCGUCCGACCACCGAGGAGGCCACCAUUCUUCGGGCUGUCGCGGCCAAGAAGAAAGCCAAGGCUGCCAACAAGAAGGCGCCGGUCAAUACUCGGGCCGCCUCCCGUGUCCAUGUCCCAUCUGUCGGUAGGACAUUGUCACCUUUGGUGGACAAAUCCACCAAUGAGGAUGCAGAGGGCGAGGAUGUCGUUGAGCCUGGAACGCCAGCUCCCAAUGUUGACAACAACGUCAACAUGGACUUCGACACCCAGACGGCUGCGCCAGACCUCCCGGUUUCAGAUGUCCCGGUGGAUGCUCCUCCCAACCAGGCCGUCCAGCAGCCUAGCAAUCUGGAUAUCAUCCAGAUGAUCCAGGCCAUGCAUCAAGAAUUUGCCGGCAUGCUGCAGAACUCGGGUGAUCGUGCCGAGGCCGUCAACCGGGCGAUCAACACCCGGGUCAACGAUUUGGCCCACAAUUGGGAGGAAAGGUUUGCCGCAAUGGAGAAGAAGAUGUGGGAGGUUGAACUCCACACGGCCGGGAACAUGGUCUCCAUCGGACACAUGGCCAACGCCAUGAAGGCCUUCACCGCAUCUGGAGAUGUCUCGGCUUUUCAGCCUCCCCCCGGUCCAUCAACUCAGAGGCACCCAUUCGGCCAGAUCCCCCCUUCUUGGAUCACCCAACUCCCACCUCUGGCUGAUGAUGGCCACCUUCAGGACCCAAGCGCCUCUGAAGUGGGGAAGCUGUUCACCACAGCUUGGGAUGAGUCUAGAGGUCCUGGUGCCGGUGUUGCAGGGGAAAGCUCUGCAUCCUGCAGUUGA